AUGGCUGAUAGUCAGCGUGAGACCUCACUAUCCUCACCUCCAACCACCAAUACUGACAGGAAAGAGCGAGAAUCGUCCAGGGGCGAAGACCGCAGGAGAAGCAGGUCUCCUCGGCGGGAUAGAGACCGGCGCGAGGAUCGAUCGCGGCGAAAAGACACAGGAUUCAAAUGGAAGGAAAAACGUCGAGAUGAUGACGGCUCGAGGCGAGACCGCGACUCAGGAUUGCAGCGAGGCUACAGAGAUCAUUAUCGGCCUCGCUCGAGAUCUAGAUCCCCACCUCCUCGAAGACGCUCCCCCAGGAGAGACGACAGAGAUCGCGACAGGAGACGUGAUCGAGAGGAACCAGAACCACUCGAAGAAAAGAGGAAGGACAAGGCGGACAAGAAGGAGAAGAAGCCAGCUCCUGCAGUGCCAGCGCAGCCGAUGAUCAUUGUUUACGUCAACGACAGACUGGGGACGAAAAAAGCCAUCCCAUGCUAUCCCACAGAUCCAAUAAAGGACUUCAAAGUUAUAGUUGCGUCGAUGAUCGGCAGACAACCUCACGAGAUAUUGCUUAAGCGACAAGGCGAAAGACCAUUCAAGGACCAGCUGACACUCCAAGACUACGGCGUUAGCAAUAAUGUCCAACUGGAUCUCGAGGUUGACACGGGCGAUUGA